CACUGCCAAGUCCGUGCCAUUAGAGACAGAAUGGAAACGGUGCUGCGGCAGCUGACCCGUGGGAACGCUCUGUUCCUUAUCAUUAUUUUGGGAAUUGGAGGAAGCUUUCAAUCUGGAUACCACAUCACUGGCCUGAGUUCUCCCUCACCGUACAUAAAGCGCUUCAUCAACAGCAGCUGGUAUGAGAGAUAUGAAGAGCCUCCACCUGAAGCGACAGUCACAAUCAUCUGGUCUCUUAUUGUCUCCAUGUACGCCGUUGGGGGACUGUUUGGCGCUGUCAGUGUCAAAUUUAUCUCAGACAUGCUUGGACGAAAAAGGGUGAUGAUCUGCAACAGCUUUAUUGCCAUUGUUGCAGCAGGGAUCAUGCUGACAAGUAAAGGGGCCAAAUCCUAUGAAAUGAUCAUUGUGGCAAGAAUCCUGCAUGGCUACUCAGCAGGUUUGGGAGUGAGCGCCCAUUUGAUGUACCUUGGUGAGAUUUCACCCAGGAAGAUAAGAGGCGUUGUGACUCUAACCUCAGCGACGUUUACGUCACUUGGCAAACUCUCUGGACAGUUUUUUGGACUGAGUGAGAUCCUUGGUCGCGAGGAGCUGUGGAACGUCGUCCUCUGUGUCCCUGCAUGUUUCUCUGUGGUUCAGAUUAUAGCAUUGCCUUUUCUUCCUGAGGCUCCCAGGUACCUGUUCAUAGAGAAAGGUGAUGUUAAAGCUUGUCAUAAAGCUCUCCAGAGUCUGUGGGGUCAAGGUGACUUCAAACAGGAGAUGGAUGAGAUGCUGGCUGAGCAGGUAGCAAUUGAAGCAGCCCCACCCACAAGCUCUCUGCAGCUCCUGAGGGACAGGACUGUCCGAUGGCAGCUUCUCAGCAUGUCCAUGAUCUACUGCUGCAAUCAGUUAUCAGGCAUGUCUGCGAUCAGUACUUUUUCUUUUGACAUCUUUCUGAAGGCGGGUAUACCGAGAGACAACAUCCGCUAUGUCACUCUUGGUCUCGGAGUGUCUGAAAUCCUCACCUCAAUCUCCUGUGGUCUGCUGAUUGAGCAGACAGGCAGGAGGCCAUUGUUCUGGGGGGGUUAUGGUGUCAUGUCUGCUUGCUGGGUGUUGGUCACUCUCACACUCAACCUGAAGGAUUCCAGCUAUUGGGUUCCUUAUAUUGCCGCUGGUUUGAUCAUCGUCUUCAUCAUCUUCUUCUGCGGAGGACCAGCGGGAGCAACAGCUACUCUCAACAGUGAGAUUUUCAUCCAGUCCAAUCGAAUGGCAUCAUUAGUCCUAAUGGGGAUCCAGCGCUGGUCUUUAUUCGCUGUGCUGGGCCUAGUCUUCCCAUUCCUUAUUAAUGCUCUGGACUCGUAUUGCUUUGUGAUCUUCGCCUGUAUGUGUCUGCUGGGUUGUCUUUACACCUUCUUCAUCUUGCCUGAGACUAAAGGAAAGACCCUGCUGGAGAUCGCAGAAGAGUUUAAAGCCAUCACUGUCUGUGGAAAAUCCUUCAUAGAGAAACAGAAAUUAGAAACCAAGUUAUGA